AUGGAUUUAGAUGAUAGUAUAGAUAUAUCAGAACUCUUGCAUUCAGUAUUCUUGCAUUCAGAAUCAGAAUUCUUAUAUUCAGAACCAGAACCCUUGUAUUCAGAACCAGAACUCUUGUAUCCAAAGUCAGAACCUUCGUAUUUGGAACUAGGACCUUCAAGCCCAGAAUUCUUGCAUUCAGAACCUUUGUAUCCAGAAUCUUUGUCUCUAGAGCUAUCACAUCAAGAAUCAAAUAAUUAU